AUGAAUCCGGCGACACUGAGGCGAUUGGCCUCGGAGCAUUCCUCUCUUCAUACCUCACCUCUCCCUCCGCAUUACCUUUUGCCCCCGGCAAGCGACAGCUCGGCCAUUCAAGAUGACCUUAGCCAGGUCCUAAUGCUUCUCGCCGGCCCGCAAGGAACUCCUUACUCUGCUGGCCUCUGGAAGUUGCAUCUCAAGCUUCCCGAGGAUUACCCUCGCAGUCCACCAAAGGCUUUCUUUCGUACUCGCAUCUGGCACCCGAACGUAGAGGAAUCUACUGGCAGCAUCUGCGUCGACACACUGAAAAGAGACUGGAACCCAAAAUUGACACUACGAGAUGUCUUUGUGACUAUUUCUUGCCUUCUGAUACAACCAAAUCCCGAUUCUGCACUAAACGCUGCAGCUGGCCAGCUGCUACAAGAUGACUACGACGCAUUCGCCAGGCAAGCAAAGCUGAUGACUUCAAUACAUGCCCCAGUUCCGAGACAUUUGAAAACGGCCGUGUUGGAAGCUAAAGGUCGUGGCGAGGAAGCUGGCAUGGAGAUAAAGGAAGACAAGGCCGAACAAAAAGGAGCUGGUCGGCGAUCUGCAAGUGGAAAAGUCAUGAUGAAGAAGCGCCCACAAGCAGCAACCGCUCAACUGGGCCAAGGCACUGUUACAUCUGCUCCGGACAUCAGCGAAAGGGAAAGGCCAGGCCAGCCUCUGUCAUUGAACCAAAUAGACGAACAUGAUUCCAGCGACGAGGAUGACGAAGCAUCAGCGUCCAAAGAGAACAACCCCUCCCUCUCGCCUUCGCCUGUCGCUUUUUGUCCUCCAAGCCCCCGGAAGCACGUCCUUGGAAAGCGUCCAUUAUCUGAUCUCCCAACCCCGAUCGACCCUGAAGAGUACGGCCUGAACGAGAAUAUUGAAAGCAAUAAUAUCGAGCUUUCAUCCACGGAUGAAUGCAAUGCAAAUGCUAUGCAAGCAAACCCUUCAGCUGAUGGGCCAAGGAAAUCACCAAAGCUUGUAAUGCGGAGCAAGGGAAUCAAUGCUUCAGGGCGCAUUCGAAAUGAUCUCGCGGAGGGAAAGGAAGCAGCUAUCACAUUGACCGCCGAAGGUCCCAGUCAUGAGCCCAUAGCCAUCUUUGACGAAAGCAAGGAGAAUGCUGUAAAUCCUGCUGUUACAGCCCAGACGACGUGUAACCCAGACAAGAAAUCUGCGAAACUCUUACUCCAUCCUGCAAAGCCUGCCGCAAAUCGGAAAGUUUCGGGAGCGUCUACUGGCAAAGGAGCCAAGCCUCGAGUUGGGCUGAGGCGCUUGUAA